AUGUAUAUGACAAUUUCCAGCCACUUGAAAGACAUUGGAAAAACAAAAAUACUUGAGAAAUGGGUGCUGCACAAACUGAACGACAACCAAAAAAAAAAAUGCCGUUUUGAAGUAUUGUCUUCCCUUCUUUUACGCAACAAGAAUGACCCAUUUCUUGACUGGAUUGUGACUUGUGAUGAAAGGUGGAUUCUUUGUGACAACCAGCAAUUCUCAGCUCACCGACGAAGCUCCAUGGCAUUUCCUGAAGCCAAAGUUGCACCAAAAGAAGGUCAUGAUGACAGUUUGGUGGUCUGCAACUGGUCUCAUCCAUCACAGCUUUUUGGAUCCAAGCGAAACCAUUACAGCGGAGAAGUACUAAGUGUUUCAGAAUGUGUUAGCGAUGGCGUCAGUGAGGGCAUCAGUGGUGGCAUCAGCAGUGGUGCCAGCAGCGGUGGCAUCAGCAGUGGCGUCAGCAGUGGCAUCAGCGGUGGUGUCAGCAGUGGCAUCAGCAGUGGCGUCAGCAGUGGCGUCAGCGGUGGCAUCAGCAGUGGUGUCAGUGGUGGUGUCAGCAGUAGUGUCAGCAGUGGCAUCAGCAGCGGCGUCAGCAGUGGCAUCAGCAGUGGCGUCAGCAGUGGCAUCAGCGGUGGCGUCAGCAGUGGCGUCAGCAGUGGCGUCAGCAGUGGCGUCAGCAGUGGCAUCAGCGGUGGCUUCAGCGGUGGCGUCAGCAGUGGCGUCAGCAGUGGCGUCAGCAGUGGCAUCAGCGGUGGUGUCAGCAGUGGCGUCAGCAGUGGCGCCAGCGGUGGUGUCAGCGGUGGCGUCAGCAGUGGUGUCAGUGGUGGCAACAGCAGUGGCGUCAGCAGUGGCAUCAGCGGUGGCAUCAGCGGUGGCUUCAGCGGUGGUGUCAGCAGUGGCGUCAGCAGUGGCGCCAGCGGUGGUGUCAGCGGUGGCGUCAGCAGUGGUGUCAGUGGUGGCAACAGCAGUGGCGUCAGCAGUGGCGUCAGCAGUGGCGUCAGCAGUGGCGUCAGCGGUGGCAUCAGCAGGGGUGUCAGUGGUGGCAUCAGCAGUGGCGUCAGCAGUGGCGUCAGCGGUGGCGUCAGCAGUGGCAUCAGCAGUGGUGUCAGUGGCGGUGUCAGCAGUAGUGUCAGCAGUGGCAUCAGCAGUGGCGUCAGCAGUGGCAUCAGCGGUGGCUUCAGCGGUGGCGUCAGCAGUGGCCGUGGCAUCAGCGGUGGCGUCAGCGGUGGCAUCAGCAGUGGCAUCAGCAGUGGCGUCAGCAGUGGCAUCAGCAGUGGCAUCAGCAGUGGCAUCAGCGGUGGCGUCAGCAGUGGCAUCAGCAGUGGCAUCAGCAGUGGCGUCAGCAGUGGCAUCAGCGGUGGCUUCAGCGGUGGCGUCAGCAGUGGCGUCAGCAGUGGCAUCAGCGGUGGCAUCAGCGGUGGCGUCAGCAGUGGCGUCAGCAGUGGCGUCAGCGGUGGCAUCAGCAGGGGUGUCAGUGGUGGCAUCAGCAGUGGCGUCAGCGGUGGCGUCAGCAGUGGCAUCAGCAGUGGCGUCAGCAGUGGCGUCAGCGGUGGCAUCAGCAGUGGUGUCAGUGGCGGUGUCAGCAGUAGUGUCAGCAGUGGCAUCAGCAGUGGCGUCAGCAGUGGCGUCAGCGGUGGCAUCAGCAGUGGUGUCAGUGGCGGUGUCAGCAGUAGUGUCAGCAGUGGCAUCAGCGGUGGCGUCAGCAGUGGCGUCAGCAGUGGCAUCAGCGGUGGCGUCAGCAGUGGUGUCAGCAGUGGCGUCAGCGGUGGCGUCAGCGGUGGUGUCAGCAGUGGUGUCAGCAGUGGCGUCAGCGGUGGCGUCAGCGGUGGUGUCAGCAGUGGCGUCAGCAGUGGCAUCAGCAGUGGCAUCAGCGGUGGCGUCAGCAGUGGUGUCAGCAGUGGCGUCAGCAGUGGCGUCAGCGGUGGCGUCAGCAGUGGCGUCAGCAGUGGCAUCAGCGGUGGCGUCAGCAGUGGCGUCAGCAGUGGCAUCAGCGGUGGCGUCAGCAGUGGUGUCAGCAGUGGCGUCAGCGGUGGCGUCAGCGGUGGUGUCAGCAGUGGUGUCAGCAGUGGCGUCAGCGGUGGCUUCAGCGGUGGCGUCAGCAGUGGCGUCAGCGGUGGCAUCAGCAGUGGCAUCAGCAGUGGCGUCAGCAGUGGCAUCAGCAGUGGCAUCAGCAGUGGCGUCAGCAGUGGCAUCAGCGGUGGCAUCAGCAGUGGCGUGAGCAGUGGCGUCAGCAGUGGCGUUAGCGGUGGCGUCAGCAGCAUCAAGGGGAAGGGGUAA